GAGGGAAGCAUGUCAUGAUAGAAACUUCCAGCAAAACGCGACACACCUCCGAGGACGUGAAGGCUACACUCCUCUCGUAUACUCUUAUCUACAACUGCCAAUAUUUACUUACUUUCAGUGCUUUUAUAUGGUGUAACGGUUACAAGUAAGUUCUUACAUUUGCAAUCCAGUAAGCAUUGGGCACCCCACUGGCAUGUUGCAAUAAGGUCACGGUGACCGCAAUUGUCGAAAGCAGACCGUUUUGUGGAAUCGAAAGUUUAUCUACAAGUUAACGUCAUAACUCGAAAAUAUGAAGGGAGUCAUGCUAGGAUACAAGGAAUCUUGGUUGUUGGAAACGCGUUCAAGUCUUGCGCAAGAGUUGGAGCUUCGGACGGACAGAUCCUACACAAGUAGGGAUACUUUACUCAAAGCGGCUGCCCAGGGAGAUAAACAGAGAGUUCUGACUCUUGUGCAAAAUGGAGCCGAUGUCAAUGAAGCUGACAGAUAUGGCAGGACCCCAUUGUACUUGGCUGCCAACAGGGGGCAUGUAGCUGUAGUCCAUGUACUUCUCCUGCAGGGUGCCAACGUCAACCACAUCACAAAGACAGGAGAGACAGCCUUGUUGACGGCCUGUAGAGGGGGUCACUCCUCUAUUGUCAAAAGCCUCAUCAACUUUGGUGCAGACCUGGACACAAGGACCAAAGCAGCAGGAACAACACCGUUGUAUGUUGCAGCAACCAACGGCCAUGACACCACUGUUGGCCUCCUCCUGCAGGCAGGCGCAAAGGUCAACCUCACCAGCGAUAGCUCGUGGACAGCACUUCACUCUGCAGCUUCUCGAGGUCAUGACAAGGUCGUCAGACUCCUCCUCCAGCACUGUGCUGAUGUCACAGCAGCUGACAGGGAGGGACGGACAGCAGAGGACCUGGCAGCAGAAAAUGGCUACUGUUCAGUAGCUAAGACUUUGAAAGAAGAAAUUAACAAAAGCAUUAAGAUGAGGUGAUGCAGCUGAAAGAUGUGGAUGUCUGAGUUCAAGACAGACGUAGUGAUUGUACAGAAUAUUUAUAAAUCCAUCUUGAAUAUGUUUUUUCAAGAUUUUGUAACAAUAUGACUGAAGUACGGUACAAUGUACAUAGGGACAUCCAUUAAAGGUCUGCUACGCAGUUUUUUGCGCUCAAAUUUGAAAUAUUCUAGAACUAAGAAAUCUCAGAUUUACUACUACUUUUUGACACUUUUUGACACUUUUGUGUCAUUAUUUCACAUUUGCAACGUAGAGAAUUAGCCUACAAACAUUUCGUCCUACGCGCGCUGUAACUUUCUGACCUCCCUAGUUAGGCACCAGUGAGAAUUCGAACAAGAAUCAAUCAGCAACGGUUCGUUCGGAAGAAACAAAAUGGCUGAAACCCAGCGCGGGUGUGCAGAUUCACAGGUUUUCAAAUGCGCUCGCACGGCGAAAAUAUCGACUCCCGACAUACCUUGAAUAGUGUUCCGUAACGUGGUAGGCUUGAUUCAACUAACUAUAUAAAGAAAUGGCCGGAAAAUGGAUUUUUUGUUUUCAGUCUGAAGCGCAAAAAAGUGCGUAGCAGACCUUUAAUGCUGCAUCAUCAUUGUUUUGUAUGGUGAUUUUAAGAUGGUAUUUUAAAUUAAAUAGUGCUCGCUUUCAGACACUCCUGUGUAAAUUUUGCAUUUAUGAUUGUUUUUUAAUGCAUCUUUGGGUUUUUUAAUGCAUCUUCAGAACCAUUGAGAAUUUGAAACAAUCCAUAGUGGUUUUAAAGUAGCUUGUAAUAUUAAGAUUUCUAUGCUGUUUGUUUGAUUAUUCAUCUUUUUUGUGCAUUUCCUUGUCCAGUCUUCUCUAAAUGAUGUUUCCAAAAAAACUAAAACACAAGAAAGGCAAGUAGAAACGGUCUCCUGACUCCCCGGAUUCGAACCUGCGCCAAGCCUGGGUUGCCAGUGCACAAACCCAACACCACUAACCACCCUGCCAAAAGGUCAGACCCUUUGGCAUGGUCAGUUUGGUGACAACCCCUUAACACUUUUCACAAUCCAUUCCAAAAAGAAAAAAGGGUUAUUGUUGUAUAUGACUUGUCUAUUUUUGUCUAUUGCCAACAUGUGUGAGUGUGGAGAGAAGUGUAAAUCACAGUCAAAGUAAGACUACUGUGAUAUCUAGUAAGGUUUUUUUAGUUGUUUUUAUCAGGCUUUCUAUUUUUUAUUGUAUCUUGUAUUAUUAAAACCUAAGGUUUGAAAGUUGAAAAAAUGACUAAAUGCACAGAGUAUGGUACAAAAAAUGUAUGACGUGAUAGAGCAAUAAUUAAUACUCGAUUCUUGU